AUGGCAGACAGCCCUUCGACUUCUUUCUUUUUCUCCUCCAAUGUCGUGAGAAGUGUUUGAGCAACCACCACUCUGUUGUACGACACUGGUCGUGAUAAGUUAUAUAUCGUUUUUCUGUUUGCUCGUGCAAGAUCCCAACGCUACGACCGCAGGUCGGGAAGACAACAAUCAACAUGGAGCAACGCGCACUGCGUUUGAUGGCAGCUUUUGCAGCCACCAUAGUGUCCGCUAGCGGUCCUGCAUCAAGCGGCGAUUGGGAAUCUAGCAGUAACGCCUACUACACCAACGGGUUCCCCUUCAAUGGUCCGAACGGCGGCAGCAGCAAUUUCGGCAACAACUACUUCAACAACGGCCCGUACUCGUCAUGGCCCCCGGCAACCUUUGACCCGUCCGAGUUCGCGGCCUCGGUCCUGGGGAUGGACCCUUCGCGCGCCCAGCGCUUCAUCGUGAUCCACGGCGUCCUCGCGAGCAUCGCCUUUGUCGCCCUGCUCCCGCUGGGCGCGAUCCUCAUCCGCGUGGUGCCCAGCAAGUCGGCCUGGCUCGCCCACGCCGUCACCCAGACCGUCGGGUACGCGACGUACAUUGCCGCGGCCGGCAUCGGGAUAUACCUCGUCAGCACGAUCCGCCUGCCCUUCCCGGAGCCCGGCACGUCGCUGCUCGAGCUGCAGAGCAUCAACUACCACUUCAUCAUCGGGCUCGUGGUCCUGGUCGUCUUGCUGUUCCAGCCGCUCACGGGCGUGGUCCACCACAUCAAGUACAAGCGCAACUCCGCCGCCGCCUCGAGGAGGGCUGCCAGCGCCGCCGCCCGCACGGCGGCUGCGGCCAACUACGACAGCGACCGCACCGUGACCUCCUCCUCCUCCCCCUCCCCACCACCUGGCGGCUCCAAGGACGAGCGCGAGUACAACAACAACGGCGCCAACGGCUCCGGCACGUACACCCCGCGCACCGCCUGGAGCCACGUGCACAUCUGGCUCGGCCGCCUGGCCAUCACGCUGGGCAUCAUCAACGGCGGCCUGGGCCUGCACAUCUCGGGCGGGACGACCAACUACAUCAUCGCGUACUCGGUCAUCGCGGGCGUCGUGUGGCUCGUGUGGCUCGCGGCCGUGGUGUACGGCGAGGUCAGCCGAAUGAAGGCCCGCCGGGCGGAGCGCCGGAAGCCGAGGGACAUGGUGGUCACCCCGGGGACGUAUACCGGUGGGAACGUGUAUGGUGGUGCGUUUGGCGGCGGCGGCGGCGGCGGCGCACGCCAGCAGCAGCAGCAGCAGCCGCAGUAUCCCCGCGGUGAUGGUGAUAUAUGAGCAGCGACAGCACGCAUCACAGGCCUCGCCCGAGGUCCAGCAGACAUCAUUUCCCGUGUCGCCGACGUCGCCAUCUCUUCUGCGGCAGCAACAACAACAGGACCAACAAGAUUCGCAGCCGUGGCCGUCGUCCGGUGGCCCCAACAGGAAUGAAGCGGUGUCGCCGCUAUCGGUGUAUGCCGUGCGCUACUGAGAGGAAAAAG